ACCCAUUCAAAAGCGGAGGUUGCGGACUUGUUUUUCGGCCGCUGCCAACCGCCGGAUUUGAAUCGCGGCGCCGCUUCCUGGCGCCGGCAGCAGGGUGGCGGUGAGAUGGGCGCCCCUUCGUUGCCGGAGACCUGGAAGCCCUUCCUCAAGGACCACCGCCUCGCUACGUUCAAGAACUGGCCCUUCUUGGAGGGCUGCGCCUGCACCCCGGAACAGAUGGCGGCGGCCGGCUUCCUCCACUGCCCCACGGAGAACGAGCCCGACUUGGCCCAGUGUUUCUUGUGCUUCAAGGAGCUGGAAGGCUGGGAGCCAGACGACGACCCCAUGGCGGAACACAGAAAGCACUCGCCCGGCUGCGCCUUCCUGUCUCUCAAGAAGGCGUGUGAAGAAUUAACCCUCGGGGAGUUUUUGAAGCUGGACAAAGAGCGAGCCAAGAACAAAAUUGCAAAGGAGGCCACCAGCAAGCAGAAGGAGUUUGAGGAAACGGCAAAGCAAGUCCGCCGGGCCAUCGAGCAGCUGGGAGCCAGGAAGUGAGGCCGCCCCCUCUCCUCCGCGGGCGGGCCGCGGCCUUGGCGGGCACGGCCGGCUGCGCCCUGCCGCCACAGUGCCCCAGGCAGGGAGAACCUCACGACUUCGAAAUGAGAGUAUUUAAACUGUGUUUCUUUUCUCU